AUGGCGCCCAAAAACGCAGCAGACUCAACGCCGAUGCACUUUCUCUCCCACCAAGACUCGUCUUUACUGGCAACCAGGCGUCUACCAUUACCGACUCCAUCCUAUCCCGCCUCGUCGUCACCUACCCGACUGGUAGGCCCUGGUGUACCUGCUUCCUGGGAGUGUAUUGCAUCCCAAUCACCUCUCACUGAGGUGUCACGGCCUGGGCCGUCGCCAGAGAGAACGUAUAUAGCACCCACGGCGUCCAAGCCAUUUUCGGGAAGUGUGCCAUGCGUGCCAGUCGGCUUUCAGCCCACGCCAAAUUCUAGACCGAACCCACAUUCCCAAGAUAUUAUCCCUCCGACGUGUAUCUCAACGUACAGCCGCUUCAAACGGUCCUCUCCAGCUAUCUCUGACCCCGGGAACCCUCAUCCACCGUUCAAAAUAAUGGACCUGGCCCACGCAUCCCCUGGGAUCGUGAGUGGGAGAAUCUCGAGGGAAGAGACACCAUGGACAGGGGUAACCGCACCGCCUGAGAAUCCGCUGCCCGAGAACCCGCCGCUACUUGGGAUGAUCCCGUGUAUUCUAGACCUGAAGUCGGGAUUGUCCAGUAAGGCGAAGAAGCGCAAGGCCAGCAAAGAUUCGUCGCGGCGGUACCGCAACCGGAAGCGAAACGAGAUGCAGAUAGAGCAGAAGAUCACAGCCCAGCAGUGCGAGAUCAGAAUGCAGUUGGACGCCCUGCAACGGCAGGCGCAGGAGAUCCAGGCGUUGCAGCAAGAGCGCGACUUUUACCGAGCAGAGUGUGAUUCCUACCGCGAGCAUAUUGCUCGACUGGAUCCCGCCAACCAGCUUCCGGCCCGGCCCGCAUCAUCCCAGCAGUCCAACAAGGCAUUCUGCUCGUCGCUGGAGAAUGGCCGUAACCCUGCGGGGGAGCUCGCGCCUGUGUCUUUGUAUCAGCCAGCCGAGAUACUGGCAGGCCAGCCCGUCCCGCCGACACGUUCCCUGGGGCCGUGGCGCUCCGCGCCGUCAUAA